AUGCAGGAUAUCCGCUUACCAUCAAAGGUAACCUGGGAGGGAGAAGAUGACCCCGAGAACCCCAAGAACUGGAGUGGGAUGCGCAAAUGGAAAGCAAUCUUUGCCAUGAGCUCUUUCGUUUUUAUGAGUCCACUGUCGUCCACAAUUAUCGCGCCAGCACUGCCGGCGAUUGCGUCCGACUUGCAUAUCACCCAACCAGCAGUGGAGCAAAUGGUGCUUUCCAUCUUCCUUCUGGGAUUUGCGUGCGGACCUCUAGUAGCAAGCCCACUGUCUGAGAUCUACGGUCGGGUGCGAGUCGUGCAAUCCUGGAACUUCAUGUACAUUGUCUUCAACGCAGCCUGUGGGGGCGCACGCACGAAGGAAGCCAUCAUCGUCCUUCGGUUCGUCGCCGGGCUCUGCGGCAGCGCCACUCUCGGUAUUGGCGGUGGCACGCUUAGCGACCUCUUCCAUGCGAAAGAUCGUGGAAAAGCAGUGGCAAUCUACAGCUGGUCCCCGAUCCUGGCGCCGCUAGUAGGUGCAGUUAUCGGGGGUUUCAUCUCGCAGAACACAAGCUGGCAGUGGACGUUCUAUGCCUCCUCGCUGCUGAGUGUCGCCAUACAACUAUCGGGACUCAUCUUCCUCGAAGAGACCUACCCUCCUCUCCUCCUGCGGCGCAAGAAAGCCCGCCUCAUCACAGCCACGGGCGCCACCAAUCUCUACACCGACUACGACUACUUGGACCAAGGGCGCCUAAAGAAGCUGUCGACCAAUCUUGUGCGCCCGUUCAAGCUCCUCGCCACGCAGCCCAUCAUCCAGGUUCUGGCGCUGUACAACGCCUACCUGUACGGCAACAUCUACAUCCUGUACGCGGACUUCGUCGACCUGUGGACGGAGGUGUACGGAGAGCGCACCGAGAUCGCGGGGCUGAACUACAUCUCCAUCGCCGUGGGAUCCGCCAUCGCCGCCGAAUGCUGCACACUGGUCAACGAUCGCAUCUAUCGCACCCUGACCCGGCGCAACGGCGGCAAAGGCGUCCCUGAGUUCCGCAUCCCCAUCAUGCUGCCCGCCACGCUGUUCCUCAGCGCCGGCAUGUUCUGGUACGGCUGGUCGGCCGAGAAGAAACUGCACUGGAUCAUGCCCAAUAUUGGCACGUCAAUCUUCGUGGCUGGCGCCCUAGCCUGCACUAUCUCCGUCAAUGCGUAUGUCAUCGAUACCUAUGGCCGGUACGCGGCUAGUGGGUUGGCUGCCGUGUCGACCAUUCGGUGCAUUGCCGGGUUUACGUUCCCGAUGUUUGCGCCUUACAUGUACUCGAAAUUGGGGUAUGGGUGGGCGGGGAGCCUUCUGGGUUUUAUCGGUCUGGGUAUUGGGCUUCCGGCAGCCAUACUGUUGGGACUGUAUGGCCAGUAUCUACGGAGUAAAAGUCCGUAUGCUUCGAAAGCUCAUUAG